GCAUGGUGCUUUGUAAAUAAAAAAGUGUUCAACUACUUCUACCUCCGCUGUUGAAGGGCGACUGGACAUUCAUCACCGUGGAAAAGACAAGGACAACAGCAUGAAGUCGUAAAAUGAGGCAAAAGUAGGAGCGGUUGGAGCACAUUUAGAGUCCAAUGUUUGAAUACCUUUUCCUGUGAUCACAUGAACAUCUUCGUCACUGACCCAAAAUCAACAUGACGGCGAACGCAAAAAUAUUCUGAGGGGCGUCGCCAUCAGCGCAGCAAUUACGAGUACGACUGCCCAACAUGUCCUCCGGUAACCCAGCAGAAAGCAGCACCUUUUUUCCGGUGUUGACGCAUGAUAGCGAUGAGAUUCUCGAAACUUUUUCCAGGGUAGACGGUCUACUUCGUCGAGCCUUCCGGAAUCGGUUUUCCAACCCAUUUGGGCUUGCACGUGGCUCUUCGCAGGGUGGUAGUGCAAGUGCAGGAGCGUCAAAGAGUGGAGGAGGUGGCUGUGGUUUUAGUUACGGGUAGUAAGAGCAGUAAGAGAUUGAUGAGAGAUCUUCUGUGAUACAGAUUCAAAUCGUUGCUCGUACCUAGCCUCAUUAUGCGCUUCGAACGAUAAAGUCCUUACGACCUUCUCAAUUCUUAUUGAAAUAAUGACCCUCCUCUAUUUCUAACAUAGCCAAUACUUUUAUCCGCUUGCAGCUUUCGGUGUGAGUGCGGGAUUCGUGUUGAAUUUGUAUAUCUUCCAGCCUAGAGCAUCAUCUACUUCGUCAUCAUCUUCGUCUAGUUCGGCUACUACUUCUAGACAGCAAGACCGCAACAAUCCUGCAGUGGUAAAACGCCGAGUCAUAUCAGGCGCAGUGAGCUCGGUCUUGUCACUCGCGACGCUCUAUGCUGUGGCAACAAGAACUUUUGGAGGUAGUAAUGUUUCUUCACACUCAGAACAACAUGCCUCACGCACACAACUGCAACUUCUCAAGAAAACUCCGCUGUCUCUCUUUGGCUUGCAGCCAGAUCCGGGACCAGCUUUGGGAUGUUUGCUCACUGUGGCGUUGUUGUUUCUGGGGCCACUAGUGGAAGAAGCUGUAGCAUUGUCAGAGGAGAGCAAUGGCAGCCUACUUGCUACAACAACUAUACAGCCGUACAUGAGCUACUCUCACCACACGAGCCAAAUGAUCCAGAAGGUGCUUGUUCCAUAUUUCGUGUUAGCAAGAAGCACGACCACAUCAUUCAAAGACAACUAUAUGAACAUUAGCAAGUUUCUGCCUCGUCUCUUUGAUGGAGUCAAGAAUCUCGUCUCUGCCUUAUCAAAAACGAUCUCGGAUUUCAUCUCGUCAACACGAAUGAGAGAUCUCGUUUUUGCCCCACUGUUUGAGGAAAUAGUUUACAGAGUAUGCGCAACACGACUCUUGCUCUUGGGAAAUUUUAACACGAGCAAGAACAGCAUUCAUCGAAUACUACUUUUUUCGCCUCUGCUGUUCGCCUUUGCGCACGUGCAUCACGGGUAUAACGCAUACUGCGAUAGGGUGGACAGGGUGGCGUAUACACGACUUCUCGAGCAUCUUCAAGAGGAUGAUAAUGUAGUCCUUGUCCGACAAGACCAAGACGUACUAGUUGAAGAUGAAGACUCAGGCGACACUAGCUCCAGUAGGAGCGCUACAGAACAAACAGGUAAAAAUACAACUACUAGAGCAAGAAUAAAGGGCACUACAUCUACAUCAAAAUCAGCUGAGAACAAGAGCCCACCUUCCUCCUUGCCUUCACCAAAAUCAGCAUCACCCUCUCCAAGAACGCCACCUCCUUCUGCAGACCUAGUCCCGCGUGAAACGAAGUUCCGAAUUUUCCGUCUAGUCUUGCUACAGACUAUUUUCCAGCUAGGCUACACAUCAAUCUUUGGAAUCUUGAGCAAUUACCUUCUGCAUCUGACAAAUUCGUUGCCGGGUGUGGUACUUGCGCACAGCUUUUGUAAUUACAUGGGCUUCCCAGAAUUCAAGUUUAUUUUGUCGAGCAGUUCUAGCACAGCUUCAACAACUACAACUUCAAGUUCGUCGUGGUGGCCUAGUCCUAGCACGAUCGCUUUUUUCAAGAGAAGACUCAUACCUGCAUGUGCAUAUGUAGCAGGUCCAUUUUGUGCCUAUUUUUUCGCGACUCGCUGUUUAGGAAACACACCUGCAUCCAAGCGGGCAUGACCGCUGUAUUACUAUCAAUGAAUCCUGUUAAUCUUGUUCAUCCUUUUCGCCCUUCUAGCUUUCAUUUUCCAACUUGUGACAUAGACAUUCUCACUCACAGUUGUGUGUGUGUGUGUACUUCUGCGGAUAGAAACACAUCUUGCUCGUCCUGUGGAUGAGAAGAAAGAAACACUACAAUGAUGCUUUCUAUCUCGUGCCCAAGCAAUUGACUUUCCCUAUUCGCACGCGCACCUCGAAGAUUGAUGUCGUCUUUGAGUUGGUAUUUUUGUCGCAG